AUGAAGGACUUCGAUAUGACUUUCAUCUGUUUCUCUUCUACAUUACCGAAAAUCUGGAAGAAGAGUCGGAAGAUGCCCGAGUAUUAUCCCUUCUGUUCCUUGUGCAGAAUGAAGCGGCAACUUCCUCCAGUUCCGUGUUGCAGCAGGUGCUGGAACUUAUUGGCCUCGUAUUCCACCGCAAACUCUACUACAAUAAGCAUGCGACCCGCUCUGGUCGUACCGUUCGAGUGCAACGUAAAAACACCAUUGAGCUUCCACUUCUCCUUUAUUACCCCCUCCAUCUUCUACAUUAGAUUUAGAACGCCGAGCAAGCCAGUUUGUUGGUGA